AUGGUUGACUACGCCCAAUAUACACCGAACAUGUCUCACGACUUCGAGCUCUACUCCAACCCUCAAGAUCAGCAUCUAGAGUUUCACCACAACCAACCCUAUGUGCCUGCCUCAACAUAUGCCAUGGAGCACGCCUUCAGUGCCCCCUUUGACCCAAUGGCUCCUCUUGCAGACCUCCAACGGCCACAAGAUCUACAAUACCAUUACGAUGCCAUCGCACAAGGUGUCAGGCCAUAUCAGUACCAAACCCCAGCAGGCUCUCCACAUUCCACUUCACAUUCAUUCCACGAAAUCCCCCCUGUGCUUUCGGCGUCUUCCGAAUCUGGCGCUUCAGUGUCGUCUUCUGCGAUGGGCUCCCCAUCGCUUGUUCCGCGGUACAAUGAUUCCUGGUCCAACAUGGGACUCGGAGCCUCUUCUGGCUAUGAUUAUUCGGGGAUGGUAGCGACUGAUAAGUCGUAUGUGGAUCCUAAUCUCAUUCAGCCCUUCCCAUUCGCACCUCAGAGCCCAUACCCUGAGAUCAGGACUACUCCAUCUCCUUACUUCCCCAUUAUUGAGCAGCCGCCUUCGCCAGCUCUCUCUCAGCCCUCAUCGCAGAGCCAGCGUCCCAGUUCGGCAACCAUCGGGAGGAGUAGCGCCAGCCCAUACCUACACACUCAACGAUAUCAGCCUUACCCUCAACCUGGCGGACAACGGCGAGGCUCCGUCGUCUCUGUCCAAUCACAAAACUCAGGCACCAGCCGCAAGAGCACAAGUAGCUACGACAAAGAUGAGACCCGCGAAAAGGGCAUGUGCCCACUGCCCGAGUGUGGACGCGUCUUCAAAGACUUGAAGGCGCACAUGCUCACACAUCGUGCUGAACGACCAGAGAAAUGCCCUAUCGCGACCUGCGAAUACUACUCGAAAGGUUUCGCAAGGAAGUAUGACAAGAACCGCCACACACUCACACACUACAAGGGUACAAUGGUCUGCGGCUUCUGUCCAGGUAGCGGUUCAGCGGCUGAGAAGUCGUUCAACCGCGCUGAUGUCUUCAAGAGGCAUCUUACAUCUGUUCACGGUGUCGAGCAGAACCCUCCCAACAGCCGCAAGAAGAGCCCAUCUGGCCGCAAGGCUUUCGGUGGUUCGCAGCCCAGUGUUGCUGGUACUUGUUCCACUUGCUCGGUCACCUUUGCCAACGCGCAAGAGUUCUACGAGCACUUGGACGACUGUGUGCUCCGCGUUGUUCAGCAAACCGACCCCAGCGAGGCUAUCAACCAACGCCUGCUCACAUCGGUUGCAGAGGACCCAGAUGUCACCGAGACGCUUGAUCGCAAUGGUCUGUCCAAGAGCAUUGAGUACACUGUCCCCAACUACGACGAAGACGAAGAGGAUGACUUCGAAGAAGACGAGAAGUCGGGUCCUCGCGCCGGCCUUACCUUCUCCAAAGGUGGCGUAGCCAUCACCGGCUCUGGACGCAAGAAGCGCAAGAACUACCCCGUGUCCUGGGGCUGCGCAACCGACAAGAUGAAGAUGAAGAAGCGCGUCUUGUGCGUAUACGACGGCCAGAGAAGGCUAUGGAAAGACGACAUGAUGCUCGACCAAGAGUUUGAAGUGCGCAUGAAGCUGCCUGACGGCAAGUCUUACGUCACAGAUCUGGACGUGCAGACCUUCAACCGCGCAGAUGCCCUGCAUUCCGCGACGAGGGAGGAGAGAGGACCUUGGGUGCCCGACAAUAUCGUCGGCGGCCUCAACGGUGUGAGCAUGGAGACAGCACCACUAGAGUGGGCUCUCUGA